ACUGGUCUGGGGUUCGAAUCCUACUCGCGUUAGCGUUAGGGUUAGGGCGCGUGGGAGCGGGAAAGGAAGAAUGAGUGGCGCGCGAGCGAUGGAGGAGGACACAAAGAAGGAGGAGGAGUUUAACAUCGGGCCUCUCUCGGUUCUCACUUCGAGCGUCAAGCAAAAUACCCAGGUGCUGAUCAACUGUAGGAACAACAGGAAGCUGCUGGGGCGCGUCAAGGCAUUCGAUCGCCACUGCAACAUGGUGCUGGAGAACGUCCGCGAGAUGUGGACGGAGGUGCCCAAGACGGGCAAGGGGAAGAAGAAGGCCAAGCCCGUGAACAAGGACCGGUUCAUCAGCAAGAUGUUCCUCCGCGGCGACUCGGUCAUCAUCGUGCUCAAGAAUCCCAAGUGAAGCCAGCCCCAGUGAGUUUCCAAAGUUCUCUCGAGUAGGCUUCUUUUAUCGCGGCUAGCGCGGACUAAAAUCUCUCUCGUUUCUUGUACACUUUGCUCAGAGAAAAGCAAAGCAAAGCAAAGCGAUUUUGCCACUGCUCCUUGUGUCUUG